GGACGCUGCAGCGCCAACGCUAGCCGGCGGUAGACGUCUCCGCCCAACUUUCCGUCUUCCUGUGAUUUGCUCCUGCUCGAGGCUUUCUCGGCGCUUUGCCUUUUGGGUCUCUUACUCACUCUUCAAAACAUCAUCAUCUUCUUCUCUAAACUAAGGAUUCAUCAAGGAGAGUAGGAUUGAAGAGCAUUUUUUAUCUACAAUUGACUGAGACACAUGAUAGUAGGAUAAAUAUGUCAACUCAGUAACAGUAUAUACUUCCUUCCCCUCAGUCUGGACCCUGAAAUUACCAUUGUCAAGUGUUAAGGAGCUGCUUCUGUUGCUGAUCUUGUACAAGGAGAAUUCCCAUCAGUGAUUGCUCCUUUUUUAUUCAAUGAGUUCACUCCCGUUAACUACCUCCCUCUUUCUUCCAUCACUUUCUUCCUGCCGAUCACUACCUAGUCUGCAAUUAUUUCCUCAAUGCAUUUUCGAGGAUCAUAACCUUCAUCAUGGUUCCCAUGUCUCUUCUCUUAAUCUUUCAUUUCAAUCCAAAUUUUCACGUUAUUCAUCUUGCAAAAGAAAGUGGUUGCCUGGUGCUGCAACACCAAAUGAGGGAGUAGCGUCUGUGAUCAAUUUUGAAGAUUUUGUUGAAAAAGAUUGGUCUUUUCUUGAUUCAGAUGAGUUGAAUACUGAACAGAAUAAGCAUCAGAUUAACAACAUAAUAUCUGCAGGGGAGAUUGAAGGAACUUCAAGAGUUUUGGUCUCAAUUGGUUCUGAAGGUUUUGUGGACCAUUUAGUUGAAUCAUCACCCUGCCAAAUGUUGCUUGUUGUCCAUGAUUCACUUUUCUUGUUGGCCUUAAUUAAAGAAAAAUAUGACAAAGUUAAGUGUUGGCAAGGUGAACUGAUACAUGUUCCAGAAAAGUGGGCACCACUGGAUGUUGUGUUUCUGUAUUUUCUUCCUGCUCUGCCCUUUACUCUUGAUCAGGUUUUUGAAGCUCUGGCAAAACGUUGUUCACCAGGUGCAAGACUGGUUAUUAGCCAUCCGCAAGGGAGGAAAGUGUUAACGCAGCAGAGAGAACAGUUCCCUGAUGUUAUAGUCUCCAACUUGCCAGAUAAGAUGACACUAGAGAAGGUUGCUGAGGCUCAUUCUUUUAAGAUGAAAAAAUUCAUAGAUGAGCCCGGAUUGUAUCUAGCUGUUCUGAAUUUUUGUAACCCCAGAAGCUGAGUUUCUAUUCUUGCUUGUCAUAGGCUUUUGCUUGAAUGAUUGAUGUAAGUUAUGUCCAAAUUGUGUUCAGAACUUUUGGAUUCAAUUGAUAAAAUUUUAGUCACCAA